AUGUCCAACAAUAGCGUCAUCAUCAAGCGUGUCUGGAAAGACAAUUUCGACGCCGAGAUGAGAAUCAUCAGGGAAAGGACCAUGAUUGAUCAUCCCUUCAUUUCCCUCACCACCCGUCUUGUGCUUUGCAGUGGGAGGAUCCCUAUGGGAAAUGAGUGGGGCAACUCGGACGAUAACUAUGCACGUCUACUGGAGAUUGAGGACAUGUUCACGAACAUAGUGCAAGUGGGGGUUGCCUUGUGCGACAAACUAGGGAGGCUGCCACGCUGCAACGAGACCGGGAGGCCCUGCAUAUGGGAGUUCAACCUCAUGCCGCUGGAUGAAUCAGCCAAUAAUCCUAAAAUAAUGGAGAUCUUCUUGGACAGGUUCUGCAGUGGGGUCAAAGUUGAGCAGUUGAGGAGCCAGGGAAUCCAUCCGGAACGCAUGGCCGCCGAGCUCUGGCACUGUAGCUCGCUCAUGAAGGAGGAGAUCAGUUGGGUGGUUUUCAAAGGCGGACUGGACUUUGCCGUUCUGCUGAGGUGGACGAAGCAAGGGGCUCAGGGCUUGCCGGUUGAGCAGAAGGAAUUCUUUAAGCUGCUGGCUCAUUACUUCCCGGUGUUCUACGACAUGGCUGCGGUUAUUGGCUUCGACCCGACGGCCGACGAUGGAACAAUCGACAUCUCAGCCAAGUCAAUUAAUGUGGGGAGGGAGGACGUACCUCCUUACGGAGCAGCGUCCGACAGCUUGCUGGCGUUGCAGAUGUUCAUGCGGAUAAAGAUGUCAAAAAAAGGCUGUGCGCUACUUGAGAAGAAGGCAUCGGUGCUCUAUGGCAUCACAUCUGAACAGGAAGCUAACGCUGUGCCUACAUUUAACAACACAGGUCUUUGA